CUACAAGUCUCCAUUGUGCCCACAUCUGCCCUGCUUCAGAUGGGCAGUGACCCCGUGCUGGUGAAGACCCCGGCUCCCCUGGGGUCCACUGCUGACAGCCUCAGGGUCUUGGAUGGGCAGCUUCGUGCCAAGGCGCCAAUCAAGCCAGCUCGAACACCUUCACUUGUGCUGGACGGUCCCCAACAUAAGGGAGCACCCACUGGCCACAGGUGCCCAGAACUGGGGCCCCCAUGGUGGGGGUUCCAUGAGGAGGAGGACAGACGUUUUGCAAGACCACAGGCCGAGGUCUCUUUCUGGCCCCUUGACACCCUUUCCUGCCUGCUGGGCCCCCAGAAUCGGCCUCUGGAACCCGUCCUCAGAGGCCUGUUUCUAGGGCACCAUCCUGGGAGCAGCCUCCACCUGCUGUUGGUGGCCAGGCCACGGGCCGCCUGGGAGUGACCAGGGCUCAGCGUGGUGCCGUGGGUCGCCUCUGUCCUGGAGCUGCUCACACCUCCCCACGGGCACUGCUUGAGGUUGGAACUGCUGGAGAGGUG